AUGACUCUCGAUGCAGAGGAAAUUUUUGCUUAUUUCAUCAUAAACGACCUACUGUGUGAACCUAAUUUAGCCACCUACAAGAAUAUGAUUGAAGGGCUUUGUAAGGUCGGCUCUCAAUAUGCAGCCAUUCGUUUGCUUAGGCUUCUAGAUUAUAGAGGAGUGGGCGGCGAUUGUAAAUUUGAUGUUGUCAUGUAUAACAUCGUCCUUGAUAGUCUCUGCAAAGACGUAGUAGUGGUAGGUGAUGUUUUCAAGCUCUUCAACGAUAUGGUUUUUCGCAAAGCCAUCCCACCUAACGUCCACACAUACAAAUCCUUGAUUUAUAACCUUUCUAAGUUCGGUCGUUGGGACGAUGUUUGUCUCAUGCUUAGAAGAAUGGUGAAGAAAAACAUCCAUCCGGAUGUCACAAAUUUCAAUAUCAUUGUUGAUGCACUCUGCAAACAAGGUAAGAUCAAUGAAGCACAAGCUGUUAUCGACAUCAUGGAUGAGACCGGUGGUAAGUAUACUCCUGACGUAGUCACCUACAAUUCACUAAUUGAGGCUUACGGUUGGAAAAGAGAAAUGCGCGAAGCAAGGAGAAUUUUUGACACGUUGGCCUCCAAAUGCAUCAAACCAAACAGUGAUACUUACAACAAAUUAAUGCUCGGGUAUAUUUGGGAUAGUGAUAUUCAAAAGUUUUUAAAACUCUACAAUUUGUCAUAUGAUGGUCGACUUCUUGACUCGGUGUGGUUUGCACUUCCGUACAAAUUCAAUUAUUUACAAAGGUUAAUCUUUGGCAAGUACAAAGAUGCAGUUGCUUUGUUCCAUCUGAUGGAUGGCAGCGGGAUAAAUUCAGAUGCUAACGUGCACAUGACCCUCAUUCGUCGCGCAAUCAAAUGUCGCAAGUUUGAUGAUGCGAGGCGGUUUUUCCAUGACCUACUUGUUGCGGACAUAUCAGAACAUAAACAGAAACAACGUGAAGCGGUAGUAAUUAAAUAUUUCCUUGGGAAUCCAGACAGAGCAUUUCGACUUGUGGAUCUUGAAGUGUGGUUUCCUCGGGUUAAGUUGUAUUUAGAUAUGUGA